AUGAGCUCCUUUGACGACCAUGGCUUCCCUGUCAUCCACCUCUCCGAUGAUGGCUGGUCCACUGAGAACGAAGCCACUGCCACCUGCUUCUGUGGAGCUGUGCAACUGAUUCUGCCACUUCAAAAGCCUGGUCUGAUCAAUCGCCAUGUCUGCCAUUGUAUCGACUGCCGCAAGAUUGGUUCCGCCUUCUAUCAGUCCAACAUUACUGUGGCAGACUCUCACCUCAAACAUGUACGGGGUGAAGACAACUUCACGACUUUCAGCGAGCUCAAAACAGUCCGUGCCGAUGCGUCCAUGGUAAACUACUUUUGCAAAACAUGUGGUACUCUGAUGUACCGUCGUGGAGCUCGUUUUCCUGAUAUGACGAUUCUUCGCACAGGCACUGUUGAUGAUCUCAGCCUAGCUGAGACCAAGCUGCGACCUCAGGUUGAACAGUUCAUUGAGAGGAGGGUUGCCUGGUCGGUACCGAUAGAAGGUGCGGCGCAGGUCGUGGGAAUGCACCAGCCGUCAGAUAUUGAGGGUAUUCCUUAG